AUGUCUUCCUCAACUCGCCUGUGUUUCCUUUCAACAGGUUGCAAAAUAAAAGCGCUAAGGGCCAAGACAAAUACUUACAUUAAGACCCCUGUUCGUGGAGAAGAACCCAUCUUUGUUGUCACUGGACGAAAAGAAGAUGUAGCCAUGGCCAAAAGGGAAAUUCUUUCAGCUGCUGAACACUUCUCCAUGAUCAGAGCAUCACGUAACAAGAAUGGUCCUACCUUGGGAGGUUUACCAUGUACCCCCAACCUUCCGGGUCAGACAACGGUCCAAGUCAGGGUGCCUUACCGCGUAGUUGGGCUAGUGGUUGGACCGAAAGGAGCUACAAUCAAAAGAAUUCAGCAACAAACCCAUACCUACAUAGUCACUCCGAGCAGAGACAAGGAACCAGUCUUUGAAGUUACGGGAAUGCCCGAGAACGUUGACCGCGCGCGGGAGGAGAUCGAGAUGCACAUAGCCAUGCGCACGGGCAACUACAUCGAGCUCAACGAAGAGAACGAUUUCCAUUACAACGGCACCGAUGUCAGCUUUGAAGGAGGUGCUCUUGGAUCUGCUUGGCUUGCUUCUAACCCUGUCCCUCCUAGUCGUACCAGGAUGAUUUCUAAUUAUAGAAACGACAGUUCCAGCUCUUUGGGAAGUGGCUCCACAGAUUCCUAUUUUGGAAGCAAUAGAUUGGCUGACUUCAGCCCGACGAGUCCCUUCAGCACAGGUAACUUCUGGUUUGGAGAAACGUUGCCUUCAGUGGGCACAGAAGACCUUGCAGUCGACUCUCCCACGUAUGACUCUUUACCAACACCUUCUCAAACUAUAUGGACCCCUUUUGAACCUGUAAAUCCACUUUCUGGCUUUGGUAAUGAUCCUAUUAGUAAUUCCAAACCUCAACGUCGAGGGAGUCAACCAUCAACUCCUCGUCAAUCACCCACCUUUCCAGAAAAUCUUGAUCAUCCCUUGGCAAGGAGAGUGAGGAGCGACCCACCUAACACUGGCCACCAAACUGGCCUUCCUAUAUACAUCCCUGCUUUCUCCAACGGUACCAACAGUUAUUCCUCUUCCAACGGUGGUUCCACAUCUAGUUCACCUCCCGAGUCGAGACGGAAACACGAUUGCGUGAUCUGUUUUGAGAGCGAAGUCAUCGCCGCUCUGGUUCCUUGCGGUCACAAUCUCUUCUGUAUGGAGUGUGCCAACAACAUCUGUGAGAAGGAAACGCCCUCGUGUCCUGUUUGCCAGACAGCUGUUACUCAGGCAAUCCAAAUUCACUCUUAA